AUGCGCAGUGAGCCAACAAAAGCAAUCAACAAAGAGGUUGGCCAUGUUGAUGCCUUAGAUAAGGACUCUACGCCUACUAUUGAUAUAGAAACAAGGAAGGAUGAGGACCUUCUGGCUCUUGAAAGUAUUCAGGAGCAGAUCCGGUAUAUUGAGAAGGCGAUAUCGACAAAGGAGCCACAUUAUAUGAUGAGGGUGCUUCGAAGCAUCUCUGCUAUCAGGAAAAAACUUAACUAUUAUGUACUUAGAAGUCUUGUUCAAGGAUAUUACCCAAGUCCUUCUCCGCACAAAGACUAUUUCACCGAAUUUCUUCCUGAAGCUAUGGAGACAGAUUUUUGUUCGUCAAAAUUUAGGCCAAGAAUGGGAAAAAGCUCAUCUUUGCUACCUGAAGUUGAAGCCUAUUUGCAUUUGCUUCUCUUGAUAUUUCUAAUUGACGAAAAACAUUAUGAAGAAGCGACAAAAUGCUCUAGCCUACUAAUGGAUCGUUUAAAUGGGUCGAAUAGGCGAUAUUUAUCUAUGUUUGCAGGGCGAUGCUACUUUUACCACAGUAGGGCUUUUGAGCUAGUUGGACGACUAGAAGAUAUACGGUCUUUCUUACACUCACGCUUAAGGACUGCGACUCUUAGAAAUCACCACGAUUCUCAAGCUGUCCUAAUUAAUCUGCUACUCAGGAAUUACUUGCAUUAUAAUCUAUAUGAUCAAGCAUUUAAGCUCAUCAGUCGUGUCGUCUUCCCUGAAUCUGCACCAAACAACGAGUGGGCUCGCUACCUUUAUUACUUCGGUAGAAUCAAAGCCAUACAAUUAGAUUACAGUGCUGCCCAUGAACACCUAGUCUCUGCUCUUCGAAAAGCACCUCAAUAUACAGCGGUUGGAUUCAAACAAUCGUUACAUAAACUAAACACUGUGGUCGAGCUACUUCUGGGAGAGCAACCUGAUCGAACCAAUUUUAGACACAAUAAUUACAAGAUGGCGUUGCAACCGUAUUUCCAGUUAACUCGCUCAAUACAUGCCGGCAACUUAGGGCAGUUUAAUGACGUCCUACGCUCAUAUGGGCCCCAAUUCGUUGCUGACGAGACAUAUACUUUGAUUAUUAGGCUGAGACAUAAUGUAAUUAAGACUGGUGUGCGGCGCAUCUCAUUAAGCUAUUCUUGUAUCGCCUUACCUGAUGUUGCUGCUAAGCUUCAAUUAGAUAGUCCUGAAGAUGCAGAAUACAUUGUAGCU